AUGCCUCCAGCCCAGAGGAAGGUGGCCUCCCUAAACCUGAGAGAGAACAUGGAGACCUUCUCCCAUGGUUCUGAUCAGGAUUUUGGCCUAGCUGUACUAGACGUCUGCCAGGCCUGCGCCCGCGACAUCCUGGUGCAGACGCCCGAGUCCCGGUCCCCGCAGACGUCGGGCUCCGGCGGCUCCGACUACGACUACCUGGACCUGGACAAGAUGAACCUGUACAACGAGGCCGACAGCGGCUACGGCUCCUACGGGGGCUUCGCCGGCGCCCCGACCACCCCCUGCCGGAAGUCUCCCAACGGCGUGCGCGUCUUCCCCCCGGCCCUGCCGCCCCCGGCCGCCCCCGCUCCGGCGGCCCCGGCCGCGGCCCCCCGCAACUCGUGCAUCACCUGCCCGCAGUGCCACCGCAGCCUCAUCCUCGACGAGCGGGGGCUCCGCGGCUUCCCCAGGAACCGCGUCCCGGAGGGGGUCGUCGACCGCUACCAGCGGAGCAAGGCCGCCGCGCUCAAGUGCCAGCUGUGCGCGAAGGCGCCCAAGGAGGCCGCGGUCAUGUGCGAGCAGUGCGACGUCUUCUACUGCGACCCGUGCCGCCUGCGCUGCCACCCGCCCCGGGGACCCCUGGCCAAGCACCGCCUGGUGCCCCCCGCCCAGGGCCGGGUGAGCCGCCGCCUCAGCCCCCGCAAGAUCUCCACCUGCACCGACCACGAGCUGGAGAACCACAGCAUGUACCGCGUCCAGUGCGAGAUGCCCGUGUGCUACCAGUGCCUGGAGGAGGGCCGGCACUCCAGCCACGAGGUCAAGGCCCUGGGGGCCAUGUGGAAGCUGCAUAAGGCCCAUUCUCAAACCUGCCUUGGGUGGGGAUCUUAUUUUAAAGGCGAAUUCAUCAUGUAUGAAGAUGAAGUUUCCAAUUUCCUCAGCACGCUGUCAAAUGCUCUUCCAUUAUCCUGUCAUUUACAGUUGAAUAAAGAUGUCUGUUAG